CACGAAUUGAUAGAAUAAUUUUUUUUUUGAAAUAAAAACACUGAAAAUUAAUCAGCUUAACAUGAGUUUAAUUUUGCAAACCUAAUCUAUCAGAACUAUUUGACCACAUCGUGUGUGCCAUUGCUAUGUCUCUUCGGUAUCAUCUAAAGUUUGCAUUUUUGAUUUUACUAUCCAUAAUAUUGACAUUCAGCGAUUCGGCGCGUAUUCUCGGUUUAUUUCCUACACAUUCGAAAAGUCAUUUAAUAGUUCAUAGUGCAAUCGCAGAUGCAUUAGCGGAGCGAGGUCAUAAUGUCACAGUGGUAUCAACACUUCCAUCAGUGACAAAAAAUCCCCAAUAUCGUUACAUUCAACUGGAUGUCCAGUAUCCGAAUUUUUUUACAGAAAUGUUAAAAAAUCCACUACCAUGGUAUAAACGGUUUACCGGAUUCAUAGACUUUGUUAGUGGUUAUGCAAAUGCAAGUUUAAAUCAACCUCAAUUGAAAAAGUUAAUGGCUGAAGAAUCGUUCGAUUUAGUCAUUCAAGGGUAUUUCUUCAAUGAAUUUCUUUUAGGAGUUGCAGCUCAUUUCAAGUGUCCAGUGAUUAUGUCGUUUACAGUUAGGCCAUUUCCUUAUGUAAAUAAAUUGAUGGGUAAUCCAUUGGAAUUGUCUUAUGUGCCAAGUUUAGUUGGGGGUGGAAAACAGCCUAUGGGAUUUUUUGAUAGACUUAAAAAUUUCCUAUUUAUAGUUUUCUUUGAAAAUGGAAUCGAAGAAAUCUAUGGACAGUGGAGGCAAUCAGUGUUGUAUCGUGAAAACUUCCCCUCCGAAAAGUAUCCAUCGUAUGAAAAUAUGAAGAAAAAUGUAUCGCUCGUCUUUAUAAACCACCAUUUCAGUCAGAGCCCAAUUCGACCAGAUGUCCCGACAAUGAUCGAAAUUGGCGGUAUUCAAAUAAAGGACACUCCCAGCCCAUUGCCACAGGACUUAAAAUCAAUCCUAGAUAAUGCAACAGAACAUGGAGUUAUUUACUUUAGUCUUGGUACAAAUAUUCAAUCCGAAAAACUAUGUCAAGACAAAAUUAAAAUUCUAUUCGAUGUUCUUUCGAAACUUCCACAAACUAUUCUCUGGAAAUGGGGUGAUUCAAAAUUACCUGGCAAUUUUGAAAAUAUAGUUUUCAGAAAAUGGCUGCCACAAAACGAUAUUCUAUUUCAUCCUAAUGUCAAACUAUUUAUUACCCAUGGUGGUUUGGGUAGUGUUGUAGAAUCUCAAUAUCAUGGUGUUCCAAUGGUUGGUAUACCAAUACUCGGUGAUCAACCUUCGAAUAUGAAGGUGGUAGAAAAAUUGGGCUUUGGAUUGUCUGUGGAUUUUAUUACUUUAACCGAAGCUGAUUUCAGUAAUAAAAUUUCGGAAGUUUUGUCAAACAAAACAUAUUUUGACAAUAUUCAAAAAUUUGCAAAUCGUUUCAAGGAUCGCCCAAUGACUCCAAGACAAACUGCUUUGUAUUGGAUUGAAUACGUGUUGAGACAUCAUGGUGCAGCGCAUUUGCAAAGUCAGGCAUUGCAUUUAAAUUGGAUUCAAUUGUUAUCACUCGAUGUAGUUGGCGUUUUUGUUUUUAGCUGGUUUGUUAGUUUCAAAAUGAUCAAAAUAAUUUAUGUUAAAACUAAAUCUAAAAUCAAGAAAGAAAAACCAGAGUAAUGUAUGUAUAGAAUUCUUUAGCUUUA